UAGCAACGGGGGCUAUUGUGCCCUGAGGCGUCAGACGAUCCGGGCGGUCCGUCCUAGAUUCUCGGGGAUAACAGAGCGACUAAACAACCCUGGGACCACAGGACGGCUGACAACAUGGCCAGCAGCAGUCUCGGCUUCAAACACGUCAACCGAGGACCCCUCAAACUUGACCAUGACAUUACGCCCAAAGACUUCAGUGCCUUCACUCCGCCCCCUGGUGAAGGAGCCCCCCCACGCACCUACAAGUACCAGGGCUGGUCAGACAAGCAGUUUGAGGGGGUGAAAGAGCCCCUCACGGGGCCGCUACGCUUGAGGGAAAAGGAAGCGCCGCCUCCCAAACGGAAAAAAGUACAAUCCACACAGUUUGUCAAUGGAAAGCCCAUUUUUGAGCUGGACGGUAAGAAUUUCCAGUAUGGUACUGAUGAGCUACAUCAUCUUCUGGAGUCCUCGGACAAAAUCCCAGUCAGACGGUCGGAUUUCCUAAAGGAUCAGAGAGGGUCAGCUGAGGAACGUCGUCGACACAAGCAGCAGAGUGAAGCGGAACAAGACAUCGCUCGCUGGCGAACAGAGAAGGCUCGACGGAAAGUAGAGGAGGUGGAGGAGAAGAAAAGGGAUCUGGAAAUGUUGAAAACCUAUCAGCCAUUUGGGAGGCCUGGAGCCGGGGCGCCUAAGCCUGGGAUCAAGAAAGAGUCCCCACCCAUCACAGAGAACAGGAUGGCUCCCAUGACUAGGAUGACUAACUCAUUAGAGACGAGAUUUAAGCCCCCAAUGCCAGAGCACACAUAUGAGGAUGGGUUUGGCAAGCCCGGUGCGGGUGCCCCUUAUCGCACGGAGUCUGGUAAGAUCAAAACCACCCACAAGCAGGACCCCACGCUGUGGUUCAAGGCCAACAACAAGGCAGCGGAGCGCGAACUUGAGAUGAUUGAGAGGUACAAAUUGGACCCAAAGACUGCGAAGGAAUACAAGACAGAACUAGCACGUUUGGUGGAGGAUAAGAAACAGAAGAUGCAGCAGGAGUACCAGGCAGACUUGGAGGCCGACAAGAAGAUGGCCGAAUUCAACCCCUUUGGGAAGCCAGGAGCAGGAGCACCACUCAGGGAUUACCAUGGGCAGUUAAAACUGAAACGCGAACAACACCUGGCCCGGAUGGACGAUCUUUACGAACAGAGAAAGGUGGCAGAGAAGGAGAAAAUUAGGAAGGAACAGAGACAGAAGCUACUGGAACAGUUGAUCAACGAAGAUCCACACAAGCCUAGAUUAGUGGACAAAGUGGACAGAUCACAGGGAGGUGGUGAUGAGUACAACCCCUGGGGAAAGGGACAGGGGGUUCCCGUCUACGACAAGUCCGGAAACGUACGCAGGUUCAAACGGACCGACAUGUACGGAGUCCCCGAGACAUUCCAGUCAGAUGUGAAGGGAGGGACCCUUGACCUGAAGCCGACCGGUGGCGGCGGCCCUCUCCUGGACGACAGUGGCAAGGUCAAAUCCAAGGUCAAGAAGACAAUGGUGUAUGAGAAUGGAGCGUGCAUCACUGAGGAAUAUGUGGCGAAGGCCACGUCAGCCGAAAUACGCCGAGAGUCGGAGAGGGACUGGUGGGGCAAGCCGGGCGGAGGUGCGCCGGUCGUGAACGACAAGGGGCAGAUCGUUCGCUCCACACGCGGGAAACUUCUUACGGACGCCACCGGGCCUGUGUCUGAUACUUCCAAGACUAUGUUGGCCAACAGCAAGAAAAAUUACUUUGAGGACCUCAGAGUUGCAGUCCAGGAAGAAAAGGACAAGAAGCAGAGAGAGCGGAGGGAACUGAGAGAGGCGGGAGGUGAUGUUGCCCAGUGGAUGAAGGAGAGUCAAACGGGGAAGCCCAAACGUGACCCCGUGACGGGUCAGCUGAUGGGCGCCAACAGGGUCAUGUCGGAUGUCACCAAACAGAAAAUGGACGUGCGUCAGGAGCGUGGCCAGGGCAGCCAGGCGCUGUAUAAUGACCUGGUGGCUCAGGCGGAGCAGCGCAGACAACAACGUCUGGACGAGCGCAGGAGGGAGAUUGAGAUGGAGCGCAAGCACCAGAUGACCAUGGAUAACAGCUGGGGGCGGGAGGGGGGCGGAGCGCCACUGUCUCAGCAGAAUGGCGGAACCAGGAGGAGUAACCGGGGGCAACCAGACAUUACACCUCUCGGACAGAUAGGCUGCCGUGUGCCGUCCUUCAGUCUGAUAGGACACAAGCUAGUUGAGACAGGGAAACUCUGGGCAGGAGCCCCACCAAAGAAGGUGGAUAGACAGUCAGGGCAACGUUUCAGAAACUGUGCAGAUUUCAGAACAAGGUCCAACCCUACACAGCUGCAUCCACCUUUUGCAACCAUGUGA